GUUUACCGUUUCGCAAGCAUUCCAGUUUUUGUGUUAGUUCUAUUUCGGCAUGGAAGGUGAUGAGAACAUUCUAGAAGCUAUUUACGAAGAAGACGACGAUGAUAACAACUUGGAUGAUGACGUUGAAAUGCUUGAUAUAGAAGAAGGGGAAUUGAUAGAGCAUCAUCAAUCGCAACAAAACGGCGUAGUUGCACAAGAAAAUAAUAAUAUCAACAACGAAACAGAUAUUAACAAUCAAAAACCUAAACCUCUCAGUAAGAAUCGAAGGCGUAAAAACAAGAGAAAGAGAAAGACUUCAGGAUCCGAUUCCAUCAACAUUAACAGGUUUGUGAUAGAGACAUGUAGGCGUCUGAAAGAGAAAAAGUCAUACAUGGUAUACACAGCUGUAGGUUGCCUUGGGGUUUCUGCGUUGAGCGAUCUCGUCAAAGAGGUGGAUGCAAUACAGUCUUGUGGAGGCCAGAUGACUGCUGAUGGUAAGCGAUACCGGACAGGGGGUGGUGUAUUGUGGAGUAUCAUUAAAGUUCGAGAACCAAAUGCCUACAAAGAGAUUAUGAAAAAAGCGAAGGAGUUUGAGAAGCAAUUCAGGCAGCCAUAUAUUAAGCCGCCACCCAUGCAAAAAAUGGAGGAUUCUUCUCAAGGGGUGCCGUGUACAUUUUCUAGCGUUCAUCAGGACAAUGAUUCUGAAAAUCCUUCUUGUGCAUCGAAAAUUGAUGAUCAGCAUGAGCCCUCAGUUUCUCAAGAGAAACGCAUUCCUGUUCGUGACAGAUUAAGGAUACCUGUUUCCUACGAUGAUGACUUGCUUGGAGCAAGUGUUGAUAACGAUGCAACCUUACCCUGAAUAGAAAUAUCCUUCAUCUUGUAGCAUUUUUUAUUUGUUUCUACGACCUUCCUUA